GGCUAUACACCCCUGCAUAUUGCAGCGCUGCAUGGCCAUCGACACAUUUUGGAGCUGCUUAUUGGAACAUAUGGUAAAUGACAGGGAAAGUUAACUCACUUGCUUUUUGUCUUUGGGGUGUGAAAUGAAGGGUAUCAAUCAUUGUCUCACGUCAGAUACCGCGACGGCCGUCUGCACUGAUCUGUCUGAUAACUCGCAAACACUCAUGGAAUAGCUAAAAAGAAAUGUGGCUACAAUAUGCUGUCCUCACGUUUUAACAUUUUACCAAGGUGACAUUGUCCACUGAACCCCCUUUCAUCCUCAAAAGAGUCAGUUAAUCUGAUCCAAAAUUAUAAACCUGUAGCUAAUAUUGAUGGGGGGUUUUUCAUGAGCAAGUCUUCACUACCUAAUUCUACAUCUAGUUAAGGUGUUUUGUGGUGGUAGAAUAAGUUAUGAAAUUCGAAAUGUGCACGUAAAUUACAUGACUUUCUGGCUGAAUCAGUCUCAAAUCAAUCCGUAUAAAAUGAAAGGCAGGGAUGCUAACAACGCCAGUUAACACACUAAAUGUGGAAUACUUCCUCUAGCUAGCUAGCGUAGUGAAGUUCUAGCUAAUACACAAAUUAGUUUUGCAGUGAUUAGUGCACUAAGUUCUACAGGACAGCUGACUGCUCUCUGAGACUUUAUCGCGUCGUACAAAUGUUACAAAGUAGCGAGACACAGUGCCAGCUGUCAGAGUGAGAUACAUGCGUAUUUCUGAGAACAGUCCCAUAACUUUGGUUCCGUACAACUUCAUCAACAAGCUGACAAACUAGCUACCAUAUGGCCUUUCAAACAAGCUUGCACUAGGCUGCUAGCUGGAGCAAGUUUGCUAAGCUGAUCGAGCAUGGUUUGUCGUAGUCAGUGUUGCCAACUCCUCAGUAAGGAAAGUAGCUAUUGGCUGUCCUAAAAGUCGCUAGAAGUCACUAAAUGACGUCAUCACCUAAUUUGCAUAAUUGUCCAUGUGCAUGUCAUUGUGAUGGACGCUGUAGGAGAGAGGAAUAAGGUCGUGGGAGAGACAAAAAGUGAGUAAAAACACCCAACAUUUACAUCCCGCCCUGGAUGUAAGCCCACGGCAGCACCCACGGCAGCAUCCGCUGCUCGUUGAGAAGAGUAAGAACGAUACGUGCUUUCCUGCCAGAGUCUCCAAAAGUCUCCAAUAACAUCAGAAAAAGUCGCUAGAUUUGUCGCUAGUCGCUUUUUUGAAAAUGUGUCGUUAGAGGGGUCUGAAUACUCGCUAAGUUGGCAACACUGGCGGAGGGGUGAACAUCUCCUGCUCUGACUGCAGCUGGGAGGGACUGCUGCGCGAGGACUGGGCCGCCUGUGAGUGCUUUGGGAUGGGGGUGGGGCGGGGCGGGGUGAGGCCCACGGCAGCACCCGCUGCUCGUUGAGAAGAGUAAGAACGAUACGUGCUUUCACGUCAGAGUCUCCAAAAGUCUCCAAUAACACCAGAAAAAGUCGCUAGAUUUGUCGCUAGUCGCUUUUUUGAAAAUGUGUCGCUAGAGGGGUCUGAAAACUCGCUAAAUAUAGCUACAAAGUCGCUAAGUUGGCAACACUGCGUAGUAGCCAGAGCAUCAUAGCUACCGAGAGCUGAGUGAUUUUCAGAAUUAGGAACUAGUGUUAGGCGGAUGAGCAAAAUGUCGAUUUUUAGAGAUGAGUUCCACAUCCUACAAGAUAGAUCGGUUGAGGGUCGAGCGUUGCAUAGGAGUGACGCCAUCUGACGUGAGACAAUGGGGGUAUCAAUGCAACAGGUCAGCUAUUGUCUAUCUGCCAUCGAUUGCCUUUUUUUCCAGGACAUUUUUCUCACAGUCAAUGUUUGACACAUCUUUCCUCUUCUCUCAGGUGCGAAGGAGAACCUCCGGGACUACAGUGGCCAUCUUGCCUGCCAGUACCUGAACAUCAGGGAGCCUACAGAGGAAGACAGAGCAGCUCCAGAGGAGAUACGUGAGUCUCUUACUCUCUUCUUUUUGACUCUAAUGUCUCUGAAAUGUUGUCUAAAUGCAGAAUGAACAACAGACCCAAAUAUUUCUCUGCCCAGUCUGAUACAGAAUAGCAGUCAUAACAGUUUGUGGCUUUGUUAAUAAGAUCUAAAUGAGCCCCAAAGGUCACUCUUACAGUUAUGUUUCAGCCUUACAUACAAAAAGUUCCUAUCUAGAACCUAAAAAGUCUUUGGAGAAUCACUUUUGGUUCCAGGUAGAACCCUUUUCACAGAGGGUUCUACAUGGAACCGAAAAGGGUUCUAGCUGGAACCAAAAGGGUUCUACCUGGAAGCAAAAAUGGUUCUUCAAAGGGUUUUCCUAUGGGGACAGCUGAAAAACCCUUUUAGGUUAUAGAUAUAACUUUUUGUAUUGUACAGCUAUGGUCUGUAUUUUGUUACAUCAGAAUUCCCUGAGUUCCAUGUGGCCCAGGCCAGAGACCGCAGCAGGAACAGGAAGUUGACCUCGUUGUUCCAGUCCAAGAAGAAGUGGGGCUCAGCGGAGGAGCUAGCCCCUGUGGAGGAGGAGAGGGUGGCACUAGCACCCCAUCAACUCAUGGUCCCCGCAUUCAGACCCAGGAAAUUCUCACGGUGA